CGAUCUGUGGUCGGAUCGUCUCAGUAUAUUUUUCACAAAUUCAUUUCAGUUGACUUCCGCAGCUCGCGGCGAUUAGAAAUCGUUUGCCAAAUGCCAGGGUAUCGGGCCAGCCCACUAAAAACGUGCUCAAAAUCACUUAGUGUUGUAGUUAGUGUUCUAGUACCUGUCCCAGCAGGUGAGCCAAGGAGUGGUGCCACCAGUAAUACACAAAAAUAAUAAUAAUUAUAGUAAAAACUAUAAAUUAAAAUACAAAAUAUAAUGUCAACCUUGAACCUGCCUUGCAUUUUUUUCUCAAUUAGAUGCAGGUCUGUCAGUCAGUCAGUGAGUGAAUGAGUGUGUAAAAAAAUAAGAAAAACAAAAAAGAAAUAAAUAAAUCUAUAAAAAAAAGAAAUAAUAGAAUAGAAGGCAUUCAGAAAAUCUACAACGCCAGUACUAAAAAUAAAAGCUAAAUAGCUAAAAAUUACAAGAGCAGGAAAAAGAGAGAGGCUGCCAAUUUGCGCACUUGCCAAGGAUAUACUAUAAGGAUACUAUACUAUAAGGACACCCACCACUCGCUGGCGGCAAAAGAGAACUAUGGAGGAGAAGAAGGUAUAUCAGGAUACGACGAGACCGCUGCCGAAAUCAUCCAGAAAUCGUUAUUACAACAAACAUGAUAAGAGCGAUUUGGGUCCGGAUUUCGUAGCUCCGGACGCAGGAUGGGCGUGGCUAGUGUGUGUGGCCGCCGGAGUAUCAAAUCUAUCCAUAUAUCCCUGCCUGCAACAGUUUGGGUUUCUUUUUCGGGGACGUUUGGCAGACCUGGGAAUGUCCAGUUCACAAAUUACGACCAUUAUCAAUACAAAUCCGGCCGUAUCGGCCUGUACGGGUCUGUUGAAUGGCCCCAUGUUCCGGCGCUUCACUUUCCGGCAAGUGGCCAUGGCCGGAUCCCUGUGCAUAUCCGGCGGAAUUAUUCUGACCGCCUUCUGUGAGACUUUUUUGGGGUAUAUGUUUGCUUAUGCUCUGCUUUUUGGCUUCGGAAUGGGAAUCAGCGUGAGUGCCUCCUCGCUGGCCAUCAACACUUACUUCCAGCACAAGCGCCGCCGCGCAGCCGGAUUCUCGUGGACGAUCACCGGACUGGGGCCGAUCUUCCUGCCCUACCUGGUGACCUUUCUGCUGACCCUCUAUGGCGUCCUGGGCACAACCCUGCUCUUUGCCGCCCUGUCCCUGCACUCGUUUGUGUGCGCCUUGAUCUACCAACCAGUCAGAUACCAUACCAAGCCCGGCGAGGCUCAGGUUCGGGAUCUGGAGCAGCAGCCGGAGGUCUUGUGUCCGCACUGCGCCUGGCAACAGAAACGAGAGCCGGGCGGGAUAUUCUCCAGCCAGUAUCUGUGCCAGGACGACGACGCCCAGCGACCGGGAUACGAGAUCUGUGAGCCGGGAACGCCGAUGCUAUCACGGGCCAAUGACGGAUGGUUCGGAUCCCGGUUGUCCUUGACGUCGGGCCGCUUGCGUUUCCGCACCAUUUCCAGUUCCAAGGACCUGGAGCAGACCCAACGACUGCACUGUCCCAUCAGCGAGGAGCGCAAUCCUCGGGAGGAGGACGAGUUGGGUGAGGACCAGGAAUCGGGACCGGACUUCCUCAAGCCUAAUAAUUUCCGCCGCGAGCGUGUGGAGUCCAAUUUGGAAGCAAAAUUAUAUUGUCGUUGCGACGAGAUACGCAAGGAGCUGUACAACAACAACAACAUCCAGGAUAAAGUCAAGGAAAAUGAAGAAAAAGCUGAGAAGGAUGUGGAUGCGAAGCACGACCCCCAAAUGAGCUUUCUUAGCAAAGUGGUGACCUUCUUUGAUCUGGAUCUCUUGAGGGACUUUACAUUCGUGAAUCUGGUGGCAGGACUAACCAUCAUCAAUUUCGGGGAACUAAACUUCUCCAUCCUAACACCCUUCAUCCUGGCCGACUUUGGCUUCGAAACUCGCCAGAUCACACUGGCCAUGUCGAUACUGGCCGGCCUGGAUAUAACCAUGAGGUUUUUAGUUCCGUUUCUAACCGAAAAGAUACCCUGGGAUAAUCGGGUAUUCUUCCUUAUCGGUGUGGUGGGCAUUGCCAUUGGCAGGACUGUGGUGGCCUGCACCAGAUCCUACUCUAUGAUCCUGGCCAGCUUCGUUUGGAUCGGCCUCUGCAAGGGUAUUCGCACCAUUUUCUGGCCUCUGAUCAUUCCCGGCUAUGUGCCGUUGAAUCGCCUGCCGGGCGCCUCUGGAUUACAACUACUCAUCUCAGGAAUUUUCACCCUAGUGGGUGGUCCUUUUGUGGGUCUAGUGCGUGAUCGUUACGACUAUUCGGUAACCCUGCACUGUCUCAAUAUGAUGUCCUUUGUGGCAGCUGCAUCCUGGGCCCUGGAGGCCCUGAUUCGACGCCAUCGUCGCAAGCACCGUUUGGUUGAAAGCUAAAUCAAAAGAUUUAUUCCCGCCAGGAUAACAAGUCCAACUCAGAUAUCUUAGCAUAAGAACAAAAAUAUUAAGAAAAAAUAUUUUUUUUGUAGACGUAAAACAAAUGAAUUUUUUU